AUGUCUAGUUUAGUUGUUUGCUAUUCUGAAAUUUUAACAGCUACUGAACAACUGCACAAGCUUAAACAGGUCAAAAAAUCGACAUUUCUCUGGUCAGUGGAAACGAAUAGAGAGACUCGAGCAUAUCUCUUUGGAACGAUACAUGAACCGUUUACAGAGAUUUGGCAAAGUGUUUCUCAAAAAGUUAAAGAAGCACUGGAAUACUCAGAUUCGUUAGUGCUUGAAAUCGAUCUAUCAGAUCGAUCAAAUGUUGAUGCUCUACUGCGCUGCAUGCAAAUGGAUCAUGGAAAAACUGUACAGAAUUAUUUGCCGCAUUCCAUAUACGUCCAUAUGAGAAAAUAUCGACAAAAACUGAUUCGAUGGUUUAUCAAGAAGGGUGAAUCUCGGCAAGCAGCAAAGAAACAUGCUUAUGAAACUUUUGCAAAUAUAACCGGUGGUUGGCAAACACGUAAACCGUUAUGGUUGUUAAUUUUGUUGCAACAAUUGGACUACAAAAUACCGGAAAAAUCGUCACCAUUAGAUUUCUAUUUGGCUGCUUAUGCAAAACAUAAUAACAAAAAUAUUUUGACCAUUGAAACCACAGAUGAGCAGUGUAAUCCAUUACAAACCGUAAACUUGGAUUCGAUUAUUUUUGCAAUCAACUAUACACUGUCGUAUUUGGAGUUUAUGGCAGAGAAAAGAGAUUUAACUGGGCAAAACAACAACUUCUUCAGUAGUUCCGGACUAGUUGAACGGUAUCAGUGCGGCGACAUGAACAUAGACACCGUAAUAGUAUCACGGCAAAAACACGCUACUCGUGCUGGUUUUUCACUUGGCUAUCAAAUAGAUAAAAAAGCUGAACAGACUAAUUUUAUCAACCAAUUUUGACA